ACAAGAUUUAGAGGUAGUUCUGCAAGAUUCAUGGAUCUGGAUCCAUAUAGAACUUAUUGUGCAAGAUUUGGGGCUGCGUAUCACCAAACAAUCAUAUCUAACUGGAAUGAUGACAGAUUUAAAAAUCCAAGGUUCUUCAAAAGAGGAUCCUAUUCCAGUGUUUAUUUAUGCUGGGAUAAUCAAACUGGCAGUGACAAUGCUAUUGUGAAAUACAUUCCCCUGCCCAAACCUCUCACAACCGAGCUUCGUCAACGAAUCCAUCGGGAGAUGCUUGCCCGACAGACUUUGGAACAUCCUAAUGUUAUCAGAACAAUUGAUUAUCGAUGGGGAGACGAGCAGUUACUUCCGAAUUUCAAAUUUGCAAUGCCGAGAAUUGGCGUCUCCCCUUCAACGGACCUUGCUAGGCACUUGACAAAUUGUGGUCGCUUGUCGUCAAUUGACACAAAAAAUUACAUGUACCAAAUACUCCAAGGCCUCUCCCAUUGUCACUCACGAAGCAUAGUUCAUUGUGAUCUUCGACUUGAUAAUUUGCUUCUUGAUAUUAGCCCCCAAACAAUACUGAUUACUGGUUUUAGUCAUUCCAUCAAACAUGACGAUCCUCCUUCGCCAAUAAACCAGGGAUCUAGUCCGUUUAUUACACAAGACCUAUUGUCUCACGGCAUGCAUCUCGAGCCAUAUCUUAUAGAACUUUUUGCUGAGCUUCGACCCGAUGCACUAGACCUUCUUGUAAAAAUGCUCAAGAUUGAACCCACUGAGAGGAUGUCGGCUGUGGCUGCGCUGCAACACAUAUACUUUGAUGGCUUCGAACCAAAGUUAUAGAGUUGAACACGCAUAUAUACUACUUUAAUUUUUCAUUUUCCUCCCUAAUUCAUAAAUUAAAAUUGAUUUGUCAAAUAAAACUUUACCUGACAAUCAAAACAAUACCCUUUUAAUUUUAUCAAUCAAACAAAUAAAAAUAAAAUUUUACACCAUGCUUCGACCUACUCUACCUAUUAUCUAUAUUUGUUAUUUCUCUCCCUUUCCGAACGUGUAUCUCUCUAGCUAUAUUUCAAUCACUCAACAAAUCUCCAAUAUCUAUGAAAAGUUUUGUUUUGCAAUCGUUAUAUGCCCCAACAUGAUGUUUUUCUGCAACCACGAGGUACUAAAUUUUAGUUUGUCUAGUCAAUUUUGAUAUUUUAAUUAGAGUGGAAAAAUCAGAAAAGAUACCUAAAAUAUAUAAAAAUUUAUCAUAAUAUUGCCAUAUUUUGUUACGUGAACAGUUGCAAUUAGAAUUGUUAGAAUUUGUAUAAAAUUACUUUUAAUUUGAUAUAUAAUGUGUGAAAAUAUAAUUUAAAUCGAUAUAGUUAUAUGAAUUCAAAGUUUUGAGACAUUUUUCAAAGAUAGAAAAUAAUUAUUUAUAACUAAUGUGUGGUGGUUGACAUUAAUACCCUUAUGACGUUAAUUGGAGGUUUUUGUGAUUUGUUAAUUGGUGAUUGUUGCUAAAUUGAUUAUGACGUUAAUUGGAGGUUUUUGUGAUUUGUUAAUUGGUGAUUGUUGCUAAAUUGCUUAUUUAUUAAUCGGAGAGUUUUGUGAUCUGUUAUUUGGUGAUUGUUGUUGAUUGGUAAUUUAUUAGUUGAAGAUUUUUGUGAUUUGUUAAUUGGUGAUUGUUGUUAAUUGACGAUUCGUUAAUUGGAGGUUUUUGUGAUUUGUUAAUCGGUGAUUGUUGCUAAAUUGCUGAUUUAUUAAUCGGAGAGUUUUGUGAUUUGUUAUUUGGUGAUUGUUGUUGAUUGGUGAUUUAUUAGUUGGAGAUUUUUGUGAUUUAUUAAUUGGUGAUUGUUGUUAAUUGGAUUCAUUAAUUGGAGGUUUUUGUGAUUUGUUAAUUGGUGAUUGUUGCUAAAUUGCUGAUUUAUUAAUUGGAGAGUUUUUUUAUUUGUUAUUUGGUGAUUGCUGUUGAUAGGUGAUUUAUUAGUUGGAGAUUUUUGUGAUUUGUUAAUUGGCGAUUAAUUAAUAGGAGGUUUUUGUGAUUUGUUAAUUGGGAUUGUUGCUAGAUUGAUGAUUUGUUAAUUGGAGGUUUUCGUGCUUUGUUAAUCUUAGUAUUGUUUUUGCAAUGUGAAUAUUAAAUGUAGUUAAGAUUUGAUUAUUUUAACACUUAUUGUUUAUCUAUUUAAGUAAUACAUAUUUUCUUCCAUUUUCCAGUCGAAUUUGUGUCUUUGCAGCCAGUAUUUGAUUACAAAUUGGAAAUACCGAGGGUAUAUAAACCCCCAGAUCCAUAAGAAUGGAUCAUACGCGGUUUUGCUCAAGUGUGUUGGUGUGGAUAACAACCAAGAAACCAUUGCGAAGAUCAUAAUGCCUAAUGAUUCGGUUAGUCAACACCGAAUGAAUAGAGAAGUCGCCGUUCGAGAGCAUUUGUUUCAUCUCCAUCUUCCGGGAGUCGUGAACACUGUUCAGCUGGAUACGAAUCGUCAAACAAUUGCCAAAUUUUUUAUGCCAUAUUAUGAUCUGUCUCUCAGCACAUAUAUGGCAGAUUGUUAUCUUGCUGUGUCUCUUAUUAAUGCUAGAGUAUGUAGUUAAUGAUUAUUGUUUUUGUAUAUAUAUAUGUUGUGCUAAUAUUUUGUAUGCAAUGCAGCAGUACAUGUACUGCAUUCUUGUUGGAGUGAGUAGCCUCCACGCUAGCUCAGUUAUACAUUGUGCAAACAAGCUAUGUAGCACCCGAGUUUAAGGUUCAACGGAGUGAGGUUACAUAUGCAGUGAAUAUGUGGAUAUAUGGCCCGUGGGGUGCAUCUUUGCUGAUAUGGUGCUCGGAUUCUUUCCGUUUGUUGAUGAAGAUUUCCUCCUCUCUAAGGAGCAAUUUGAGGAGAAAGUAACAGACAUGUUCUACUUUCUGGAUGCCUAUGCACUUGAGCUUCUACUGGUAACUUUUGUUCAAUUUUCUCGAUCUCUAAUGAGUAGUAAAACAUAUGUGUUGGUUGUUUUGUUUUUCAGAACUUGCUCAAGCAAGAUCCAACCGAGAGGAUUACAGCCAAUGCAGCACUUAAUCUUCCCUUCUUUACGGAUGAAGCAUAUGGCAACCACUUGGUUUAAGGCCACUUGAUCAAUGUGCCAGAUCCAAAUGUCCCAUGACCACUAAGUCUAAACAACAAACAUUAUCUUUUGGUUAGUAUACCUGUCUAUUGUGGUUGCAGAGAUUGAAAAAAUUGCUUUGUCAUGCCUGUUGUGGUUGUAGAGAUUGUAGAAAUUGCUUUUUCAUGCCUGUUGUGGUUGUAGAGAUUGUA